AUGGAUGAUAUAGUUAUAGAUAUCAAAAACGACAAUGUGAUUGAGACAGCACUAUUAACAUUAUCAUCUUUUAUUAAAGGAUCAUUCGGACCAUCCGGUGUAUACCAAAUGGUACUAAGUGAUUCUUCAACUGUUGUUGUUACAAACAAAACAUCUGAGAUUCUAAAGUAUAUUAAAAUAGAUCAUCCAGUCACUGAUAUUGUAAAGCGUACUGUAAAUACACUGGAAUACGUUGCUCACGAUGGUACCACACAGUUUGUCAUUCUCAUGGAACAACUAUUCUCACAAUCACAGACAAUAAUAAGACAGCGUGCGUUACACCCGAUAUCGAUUGUCUAUUCUUUGCAGCGGCUACUUAAUCAGAUCGAUACUUGGUUGGAAAGAUCUAAGAUCAGUGUUUUAGUUGAUGAACAACUAGCGGAACUCAAUGAUCGUUUAGCCAAUACAAAAGAAAUCAUGUCGUUACGAAUCGAUAUCAAACCAUCGAUACUUCAAGAUACUAUAUUGACAUCUAUCAAAAGUAAACUAAAAGAUUCCGAUCAAUCUAGAGAUAUUGCUGAUGUUGCAACUAGACUUUUAUUGAAAAUGUAUAACAAUCAAACCGUUCAACAAUUGAAAGAUAGACGUAUCUCUUUCCAAGAUCAAAUCAUUAUACUACCUUUAAUAUCCAAUACUUUAAAAUCAACGUUUAUAAUCAAUACAUUCUUACUUGAAACAAACAAUAGUCAAUGUUUAGAUAAUAUAAAGAACAGAGUUAAUAAUAAGAAGAUAUCUAUUAUCAUUAUCAAUGAAUGUUUGGAGUUAAUAAAGAAGAAGAAUAAUCAACAGCAACAGCAACAGCAACAGCAACAGCAACAGCAACAGCAACAGCAACAGCAACAGCAACAGCAACAGCAACAGCAACAGCAACAAGAUAAAGGUGAUGCAACAAAGUUAUCAUUCAAUUCAUCUAGUCAAUUAUCAACAAUGUUGGAAAAAGAAAAACAAUUGGUUAUCAAUAAGAUAAAGAUAUUGAAAGAGAUGGAAGUAGAUGUAAUUCUAUCAACUUCAGAUAUUGAUAGCGAGGUAAUGAAUAUUCUGGUUAAAGACUAUGGUUUGAUAGUAUUCAGUAACAUCAAUAAACAAACAUCAUCGGUGGUCUGUAAAUCACUUGGUAUACAAUUCAUCAAUUCAAUUACAACACUACCACAUCAAAUCAAUCAAUCUAGUAAAUUCAUCGGACAUGUACAAUCAAUUUCUAUAUCAAAAUAUCAAGAUAACACAACAAAUACAAGUUAUAAUCAAAAUAAUAUAAAUAGAUUAAUAGAGUUUACAAUGAUGACAACUGAUAAAAAUGAUAGUGAUAAUCAUCAACAACAACAACAACAAUUACCUAUAAUGGCAACAGCAAUUAUUGUAUCAUCUUCAAUAUACAAUGUAAAACAUAGAGUUGGUUCAUUCAUUAGUGGAAUGGGUGUUGGAAAGUGCUGCUUUGAAGAUCUCUAUGUUCUACCGGGUGCUGCCACAGUCGAACUCGAUCUUAUUAGAGAACUUCAAUUACAACUAAAACAACAGCAACAACAACAACAAAAACACAAACAACAAUAUGAUAUCAAUGAUUUCGCAGUCUAUCAGAUAUUCUCAAAUACUCUAGAGUCAAUUGCCAGUGCAUUGCUUUACAAUGCAUCACUUUCACAUGUCGAUGUACUUCAUCGAUUUCAUACAAACUACCAAUUAUUUAAGGAUCAUGGACUGAAUCUAAAUCAAGAGAGUGAACAAGACAACGAUCACAACAGUUCUAUCGAUUCGGUUCGAUGCUUCCUAAUUGCAAAGGAUCAUGGAAUCUAUGAUGGCUAUAGAUGUAAGAAGUUGUUAUUCAAGUAUGCAAUCGAUACUGUUUGUCUACUGUUAAAGAUAGAUCAAGUGAUAUAUCCAAAGAAAAACAAUCAUAAAACACCAACACCUCCAACAACCACUAAAAAACAAUCAAAAACAACAACAACAAAUAACUAUAUUGAAUUUAAACCAACAUCAUUCAAAUCAGCCAACACGGAGAGUAAGGAAAAAGAGAUUCUACGCAAGAAGAACGAGAUAUUCUACUCUAAAGAAGAAACUGAAAAGAGAAAUAAGAUAAAUAACAACAUAAAUAAUAGUUAUUAA